AUGUACACUGCGUCUGUCUGUACUGUACAGUGCGAGAACUUGUGCAUCUGCAAUGCGCGACGACCAUACAUCAUUUUUACGAAUCUUUAGUACGAAUUUCAACGAAGCAGCUCGAAACAUAAAUAGAGUAUGUAUAAACGAUGAAUUCUACAAAACAAGUAAUGAAGAAAAGGGUAACUUAAAAAAAGAGAUAGCUAAAUGUAAACAUCCAAACAGCAGGAAAACUAUAGCAUUAAUCAAGAAAGCUAAAAAAUUUGAAAGUAAGGAAAAAGUUAAAUUGGGGCAACAUAUCAAACAAAAUCUUCUUGGAGAAAAGUUAACCUGGUUCAGAGAUAAUUUGGAGGAUACUGAAGUUUAUACCUCAGCUCAAUUAGACGAAUUGUUUGAAAAAUAUUUGUCAAGAUUUGAUGAAGAGCUUGAACAGAUAGCCUUAAAACGCUCAAUUGGAGGACAUAGAAAUCAUCAGCAUGCUAGUAGGCAAGACACAAUUCGAAUGACUUUGGAAAGGGAACGAGAAGAAUACAUGGGAUGUGGAAUAGAAAUGAUUGAUAUUCGAGACCCCGCACAGCUUAAACAACUUCGAAAUUGGGAAGGAGAACUUAGAUUGAUUAUAAACUUUAAACUUAAACGAAUUGCGAAGAAACAUUUAUUAUGAUUUCCAUGUAUUUAUAUUUGUUAUAACAUU